AUUUAAAGCCACAUGCACAUAUCUCGUACCUGCAACUUUCACAAUGCUUCCAAAGCUAUUCUUCAUCAUUAUUUCCACACUAAUUUCCUCCUUCAUUUUCACUACUCAUUCAUAUAAUACCCAAUGCCUUCACCAUCAAAAAACCUUGUUGCUUCAACUCAAGGAUGAGCUGAUCUUCGAUCCUUCUAUUUCAACAAAACUUGUGCAAUGGAAUGAAAGUGAUGAGUGCUGCAAGUGGCUCGGUGUGGAAUGUGAUGCUGCUGGCUACGUCGUCAGUUUGCAGCUCGAUUAUGAGUUCAUUUCUGGUGGAAUCGCGGAUUCAUCGAGUCUCUUCAGACUUGUGCAUCUGCAGAAGCUGAAUCUAGCCUACAAUUCUUUCAACUCCAGUCCCAUUCCGAAAGGUAUUCACAAUCUCACCUAUUUGACACACUUGAAUUUAUCCUAUGCUGAUUUUGGAGGGCAGGUUCCCGCCGAAAUUUCCUCCUUGAGGAGGUUGGUUAGUCUCGAUAUCUCCUAUGAUUUUACAAUAUCUGUGAAACUGGAGAUGCUUGUCCAAAAUCUAACAGGGCUUCAAGAGCUCUAUCUUGAUCAUGCCAAAGUUACUUCUCCUCAUGAGAAGAGUGAAUGGAGCCACAUUAUAUCAUCAUAUUUGCCCAACCUCACCACGUUGAGCUUGCGUUACUGUGGUUUGUCGGGCCCUUUAGCUAAGCCCUUUUGGCAACUCCAUUCCCUUUCCAUCCUUCAACUAGAUUAUAACAAUCUUGGAACAGAGCUUCCAGACUUGUUCGCCAAUUCUCCAAGUUUGACCACUUUGUCUCUUUAUAGCUGCGGUUUGAAGGGUUCGAUUCCAUCCACCUUUGCUAACCUAACCAACCUGAUUCAUGUCAAUCUAGCAUAUAACUUCUUCACAGGCUCACUUUCUUCUACGCUGUUUGAAGGUCUUUCCAAUCUUGUUUAUUUAGAUUUGUCAAGUAAUUCACUCUCUGGUAAUAUUCCCCACUCUCUGUUUGCUCUCCCUUCAUUGUUGGAACUUCAUCUUAGCUACAAUCAGUUUAACGGCACUUUGCAACUGGAAAACUUUCCAAGUCUUGCCAAUCUAACCCGACUUGAUCUAUCCCGCAAUAGAUUGUCAGUAGAUGUUGGCAACCUCAAUUCAACUUCAUAUGGAAAUCUCCAACUAAAAGAGUUGAGACUAAGCUCGUGCAACUUGUCCCGUUUUCCUAAUUUCAUCAAACAUUUGGAUAUGGAACUAGUGGACCUCUCAUACAAUCGGAUUGGUGGGGAGAUACCUAGUUGGAUUUGGGGAACACAGCUUCAGUCUUUGAACCUCUGUUUUAAUCUUCUAACAGAUCUGCAAAAGCCUUACCAUAUCCCUGCUUCUCUUCAAGUCCUAUACUUGGACUCUAACCAGCUCAAGGGUGAGUUGCACCUCACCAUUCCACCUGCGUCUCAACUUCGCUCCGUAUCUCUUGCUAAUAACAGUUUAAGUGGAUCGAUUCCAACCUCCUUCUGCAGUGCCACCAACCUCGGUGUUCUUGAUUUGUCGCGCAAUGGAUUAAGUGGCAGCAUACCCCCUUGCUUACUUGAAAACAUUUCAGAGUUAGAUCUAAGCCGAAACAACAUCAGCGGUAGCAUUCCAGAUAAUUUUCCUGUGUAUUGUUUCCUAUCAUAUUUGAAUCUUAACAACAAUUCUUUACAAGGAAAAAUCCCAAAGUUCUUCAAAAGUUGCCAGAGAUUGAUGUUCUUGAACGUUGGGAACAACAACAUCAAUGACAGCUUCCCAUGCAUGCUGUCAUCGACGUUGCGCUUUCUUGUUAUGCACUCCAACAAAUUCUAUGGGGAAGUAAGAUGUCGCAACAGCUGGGAAGAUCUCCAAAUUCUAGAUAUAUCUUCCAAUCAGUUCAGUGGGAAUCUGGAAUCGAUAAACUUUUCUAGUUGGAAGACAAUGAUGAUACAGAAUGAUGAACAAUUCAGGCACGGCGAUUCAGACUAUUACUCAGCAUUGUGGAGGUCGACAAGAGUCGAAUUAAUCUUGAAGGGGAUAAAUUUAGAGUUUCACAUGCCAAAGUUUUAUAACAUUGAUUUCUCUAACAAUAAUUUUGGAGGAGAGAUACCAAAUGCAAUUGGUGAUCUUACCUCACUUCAUCAGCUCAACCUCUCCCACAAUGCCCUCAAUGGAAGCAUCCCAAACUCAUUUGGUAAGUUGAGGAAUCUCGAAUCACUCGACCUCUCUGGAAACCGACUCACCGGGGCAAUACCGGUGGAGCUUGCAGGCCUCACAUUCCUUUCAGUCUUGAAUCUCUCCUACAAUAAGCUGGUUGGAGAUAUCCCAAAUGGGCGUCAGUUACAAACAUUUUCAGCUGAUUCCUUCAUAGGAAAUCCGGGGUUGUGCGGUUUCAAUCUCAACAUAAGCUGCAGUGAUAGUAAUGGCAGUGAUCAUUUGUGGCCACAAGAAGAUGAAAAUGGGGAAGAGAAGAGUGAGAUCGAGUGGGAAUACGUAUCUGUUGCACUUGGAUAUGUUGUGGGAUUAGGAAUCAUUGCGUGGCUACUUCUAUUCUGGCGAAGCUUCAGAGAAAGAUAUUUCGAGAAAAUAGAAGAGGUUGUUGACAAGAUUUUCUAUGAGAGAGCCAGGAGAAGAAGACAUGAAAGAAGAAUAGUAGAGAGAAGAAAUGAGAUUAGGAAUAGGAGACAGCACUGAGGUUGAUGAUAUGCAAUUUAAACAAGGGUGUUUAGUGUCUGAUGUGAGUCUGAGGUUUUGUUUUGCUGUUUUUUUUUUUUUUUUUUUUUGGCAUGUAAAAGAGUUUCCAAUAACUAGAAUAACCAAUAUGCAGCAACCAUUCAAAUAAAUGCAAAUAAUGCUAUGCUACUAAGACAAAAAACUUAUGGUUU